AUGCGGGCGGGGGCCGGGGCGGCAGCGGCGGCGGCCGCGGGGGGCCUGGGGGCGGCGGCGGCCGCUGCGGCGAAGCUGGCGCUGGGCCCGGGCGAGGAGGCGGCCGGCGGCACGCUCUCAGUGUUGCUUCGCCUCAGCUGCGUUGGCCUGGUGUUUGUGUGCAAUGCAGUGAUGUGGACAGUCUUCACAAAAGCCUUGCGACUCUCCUCCUCCUCAGCUGCUGCCUCUGUGACAACAACAGCCUCCAACUUCAUCUUUUCGGCUAUCCUGGGAAGAUUGCUCUUCAGGGAGACGUGGACACCUCUGUGGUGGGUCGGCCUCGCCAUGACAGUCUGUGGGCUCAUGCUGCUGCACAUGGCUGCGCCCCAGCUGGUGCCAGUCCCAGCGGAGAAGAAGGAAUGAUAGCUGCUGCAGGGGUCACAGUGCCAUGCUGCCCCUCUCCAGCCUGUCUCAUGACAGCAUCCCCAGUCCCCACCAGCCUCUGAACACAUCAGCCACCGAGGUGCUAACUGCUGCUCACUGCUCAUCUGCUGACUUGCAAAAUCACGUUGGUCGCAUCUUUCCUGGUGGUGGUAUGGUGGCAGUGACAGCUCGGAGGGAGCUGGUCAACUCUGAGUCAGUAUUCUGAAAAUUGGGGCCAGAGGCUUAUCAGCCACUCCUCCUCUUCACACCCUGUGGCUGUGGAGCUUUCCCAGUUAGGGGAAUGCUGAAAGUAAACAUGAUGGCUGUGGAAGGUGCUUGUGCAUCAGUAUUUUUCCAUGAAAGGACCUAUUCCAAAAUAGAAGAGCAAUCAAAAUUAGCUGAAGGCAGCUGUUAUUUCUGCUCUGCUGUUCCUGACUUUCUGUCUCUUGAAAUGAUUCUAUGCCCACUGCUACCUGUAAGGCUGUGGAGACUUUCAUUAAUUCCUUCAGCUUCCUCUAUCAGUCACACACACCCUUGAACUUGCCAUUUGUAUCUGACUUCUAGAAUUUUCACUUACCCAUUCCUGACAUGUUAGUCACUGUAAGGUUGUUGCUCUUUCCUUUAAACCCUUAUCCAGAAUAGGGUUUUGAUCACCAUUCCUGCUUUGUGUAGGUUAAACUAAUUUUGGGACAGUUCAACAGGCAACCUGCCUUCACAUGGAGUGUCCAUGUUCAAUACAUCCCUCAUACCCACUCAAGUUGACAAUUGCUUUAAUGUUUGGUAAAAGGGAGUUUCUCAUGCCAUGAGAUGCUUAUUCCCAUUGAUGUAAUGUGAUCAACCAGAUCACUAGUAUCUGCUAAAUUUUGCAUCAGUGAUUACUCCAGGUGUCAAUUUGGUGAAUGUGUCAUGAAUCAUCAUUUGUAAGGUAUUGGCUUAAUUCUCCUUCACACUUCUUUUUUUCUCCUCCUUGAAAAUUCUUCAGUUGGAAUUAACAAAUAUAAUCAUGCCUAUAAAUCUAUGCAUCAUGGUGGUGAUAUUGCUUACUUGCUCUGGGCUUGCCAGGUUGUCUCUGUCAUCUUGUAAUGACAGAAGGUGAGUCACGUUUGUGGCAUGUGCAGAAAACCUAAGGACACAUCUCUGUGAGCAUCUGUAUCUGAACCUGUCAGGUCUGUCAUGACUGGCAGAUCUGUGCUGUGUCAAGUGUAAAAUAGACUUGUGGAUGGAAAUGCCACUGGAGUUGAGUUUGUGCCUUCUUUGAAUCUGAAGAGUCACUGUCUCCCAGAAGAGGCCAAGAGCCAUUGUGUCUGUUCCCUGCCAUUCUAGCUUACCGCAUCUGGCAGCCGUGUCCCAGAGAGGCAAAACCUUUGCCUCUCUCCUCAGUGUGCUCUCAAGUCUUCCUGUCAAAGAGGGGAGCUGCAUAUGGUGGGGGAGAGGGCAGAGUGCUCUGAGUGCCUUCCCUCCCUGCCACCAUGGGUCUUUGCACCUAAGGAGCUCUUUGGGUGGCAGCAGUGGAAGCUGGGACCUAACACAGGGACCUCAUAGGUCUGCAGACAUGACAGACAGGAGCCAUGCAUUUCUAAGUACAUCAGGUCUCCUUAGAUCUUCAUAGAUAAUGGAAAAUUAAUGAGGCCUGAUUUAUUUGCCCUUGUUAUUAACCCUCAGCCAGCUGUAAGCCAAUGGCUGCCUUCAUGCAAACAGCAGUAGAAGGACCAGGCACUCUGGUUAAUUUGGCUGUUGUCCCAUUUCCUAAUAAACCAUUUGGAAAGCUUUGUAACGUG